AUGGACGGAACCUCUCCACAGCAGCGCGCGUCCGCUGAGCACGAUAUCCCAAUGGACGACUUUCAGCGGCCGAGCGAGGACCCUGAGUCUUUCGAUCCCUUUGCCAACUACGACAACUCUGCCAUGCCGGACCCUCCGCCACUCACUCCGACAGACGGGGGCCAAGAUCCUCAGAGCGAGGCUGGAGACGAGGUUGUGAUUGCUACGACGGAAGGGCCAGAUGGCAUGCAACUCCACGACGCUCCAGAAGAGGCCACCAAGCAGGAGCAGGUCAUGCCUCCAGCAAAGUCCAACACACCUCCUGAGAAGCCAAGAAGCCUCAAUCUUGGCGUUCCAAUGCUCAAGGGCUUGGAUAACAAGACCAAAGUGCUCGAGCGGCAGCAGAAGCUCAUAGAUUGCUUCCGCCAGAAACAGUCAGCUGUGGUGCCACGAGCUGCUCCGGAGCGCUCGAGUCGCCAUGAUAGCAUGGAGCUAGACACGAGCGCUACUCAAACUCCUUCUACGCCUAUGCCUCCGCCAGCCAUGCCUCAGACUUCUGAUUCAGCUGCCGAGGAAUUCAAGAAGCACAAAGAGCGAUACUUCCGCAGAAGAGCGGCAAAGCUUACGGAUGUUGAGGAGGAGAUCGAGUACAUCCAAGCAGAGUCUCGAGAAGCGUCCAGACUACGCAAGAAAGAGGCUGACGAAGCGUUGGCUCUGGGUCUUUUCGACGAUGAUGAGGACACCGAGGACAAUCAAAGCAGCGACCUUUUUGUGUCCGGUGCGAUGAGUCCAGCUCACUCGAGCCAGCCUUACAGUAGUCUGUAUUCUGAUGAUCACGAUGACGAUUCAGCUCCGCGUCGUCGCAAGGACAAAGGCAAGCGGAAGCUUGGCGGGCUCUUCAACGGCGAAGAUGACGAAGAGUCACUCCGCUCUCGAAAGUCAAAGGCUCGCAAGAAGUCUAAGCACGGCAAGCGUGGUAGCGACUAUACUGAUCAGGAUGUCGAGGAUCUUUUGCAGAAGGCUCAGCGAAAGAGCAAGCUAGGUGGCAAGAAGAAGGACAGCCGCUCAAAGAAGGGUAGCCGUGCUAUGGCCAACCUGACUUCAAUCUACGGCACGAAUGUUUUCAAGGACACUCAACAAAAUGCCGAGAAGCCAGACCAACCAACCUUCAACAAACGCCGCAAGGAUGAUGCCCUGAAGCAAUUGAUCGCAUCGGUACCUUCAGAGAACCGCAAGAUCGCCUCGGCAGACAAGAAGUACCUGCAUGAAUCGACCAAGGCCUUCACUGGCCAGGGCGCUUGCUUUCCUAGCCAGGAUGGCAACUGGCAUCUCAAAGGCUUGAAAUCCACCCUUAAGCAUUAUCAGGUCCUCGGUGCUGCCUUUAUGCGUAAGCGUGAGGGCGAGGUGACCGAGCCCAGAGGUGGCAUCCUUGCAGACGAGAUGGGUCUCGGCAAGACGGUCAUGAUGCUUGCGAAUGUCGUUAACGGCAGAAAUCCGUCUCCGACAGGCCCUGUAUGCACCUUGAUUGUUGCCAGUCCAGCUCUGUGUACGCAAUGGGAUGCAGAGAUCGCAAAGCAUUGCUGGACGGGCAAAGAUGCCCACCGACACGGUAUCAGAAACUGGGUGCAGCAUCGCGCAGGUAACCGGAUUGGUGGAAACGAGGAGCGCAUCAUUCAGACGAUUCAGGAGGCUGACAUCUGCCUGACCACCUACCACGAGAUCGGCAAGAGCUAUCCCAAGGCACCAGUUCCUGUGGAAUUGACAACGGCUGAGCAGAAGGACGCCUGGUGGAAAGACUUCCUGCAAAACAACAAGGGCCUCUUUCACAAGAUCAAGUUUCAUCGUGUCGUGCUGGACGAGGCUCAGGCGAUCAAAAACCAUACUGGGCAUACAAGCCUUGCCUGCCGUGCUGUCAUGGCAACUCAUCACUGGGCUAUCUCUGGCACGCCCAUCAUGAAUCGCUUGUCAGAAUUCUACCCUUACUUCAAGUUCUUGCGCGAGCCUCACACGGGUUCCUUCAAGAUCUUCAAGGAGAACUUUUGCUGCCCGGACGAUCCAGACGGUACUGGAAAAUUGGCCGUCUUCCUUCGAAAGAUAAUGAUUCGACGAACCCACUUGGACACUCUUUUUGGCGCUCGACUUCUCGAUCUGCCACAACCGAAGCAGAGUGUUGUCUGGCUCAGCUUCAACGAGACCGAGCGUGCGAUCUAUGAGAUCGUCAAGAACCGCUUCGUGCAGCGCAUCAACACCAUUUCGAAGAAUGAGGGCAAUGUUGGACUUUCCAACCACUACAACCACAUCUGGACCAUGCUUCUGCGCCUUCGACAGCUCUGCGCUCAUAUACUCCUUGUCCAGGGCACACGCGAGGACUUCGAGAAGCUCAACAAGCUUUCUCAGUAUACAAGCCACUCUGACGAUGGUGCCAAUAUCCUGAUCCAUCUCCGCAACGUGCUUCAACAGUCUCUCGACCAGGAGAACGUAGAAGCCGGCGCUGCGGGCACUGCUCGAGUCAUCAGUGCUUACGAGACCGCCCCAAUCAACGCCAAGGACUACAUGAACCACGAGGAAUUAAACGAUGCUGGCGGCAAACACGGUCAAAGCUACAACUUCGGCAAGUACAUGACAGCUUUAGCCAAGAGCGACCGUUUUGAAGACAUCAUGGACCGCUCGACAUGCUGCGCUUGUCGUCAAGACCCGGACAACCCACACGUCACGUCAUGCUUCCACAUCUACUGUCUCCAAUGCCUCUACGACCUCCAACACCACGCCGCCAACCGCGGCCGCGACUGCGCAACAUGCUCCGAAUGCGGCUCCGAAUACACCUCCGUCGAGCCCUGCAAAAUCAGCCCCCCGGAAACCCCCCAAUCCUCCACCAUGCACACCCCUUCCUUCGACGACGAAACCGCGACCGGCAAAAAGAAACGCAAGCAAGAAGAAGCCGACUGGAUCGGCCUGAAAGGCGAAAUCCUCCCCUCGACAAAAACCAUGGCCGUCAAAGCCCAGAUCUUAAACUGGAUCACCGAAAACCCGCGCGUGAAAAUCAUCGUCUACACGCAAUUCAUGCCGGUCGUCCGCAUCCUCUCCAAAAUCUGCCGAACCGAAGGCUGGGGCUCCGUCACCUACACGGGCUCCAUGUCCCACGAAUCCCGCAACGCGGCCAUCUCCACCUUCUCACACGGCGACUGCAACAUCAUGCUCGCAUCCCUCCGCUGCGGCGGGCUGGGGUUAAACCUCACCAUGGCCUCCCGCGUCAUCCUCAUCGACCCCUGGUGGAACUCGGCGAUCGAGCAACAAGCCUUCUGCCGCGUCUUCCGCAUCGGGCAGGAAUUCGAAACGCGCAUGACGCGGUUCGUCGUCGAGAAUUCGAUCGAUUCGGCCAUGAUGGCCAUGAAGGAACGCAAGGAAAGGGAAAUCGAUGAGGUGAUGGAGAAUCCUAGACUUCGGGAACACUUGAGUGUUGAGGAGUUGCUUGGGUUGUUUGGGGAUGUUGGGAGGGGGGAGGGGGGGAGGGCGUUUGUUUUUGCGAAGGAGACGGAAGGAGAUGGGGAUGGGGAGAGGUUUUUGGAGGUUGAGGGGGAGGGGGAGGGAGGGAUGGGGAAUGAAGUUUGA